AUGUACGGUCUUGAUGGGGUUGUCUUGGACUUGUUUGUGCGAAGGUCACCUGGCCUUUUAGACCACAUUCAGACAUAUGAAACUACACAACGAGUAAAAGAGAACCUUGAAAAUAACCCACAGAAGUUGAAUUCCUUACUUAAUGACAUUAAGAGUAAAGAGUUCAAACCUCUCAUUAUGCAGGCGUUUGGAGCUCCGGAGUCGUCUUCCGUAAGAACAGAAUACUUCAAAGUUGCAAUACUAAACCUUUCCCUGCUUCAAAAGUUCCAUAAGAAGUGUCACUCUGAAGGAAUCAGCCUCAACUCUGGGCUUGUGAGUGUAGUAAACACGGCCUUGGUAGAACUGGUGAGGGAGGGCGGGCUGGUGCAGGACGAGUAUACAGUCACCAGUCUUCACCCUACUGACCUCCGCCGCUACAUGACAACUGACGUCAAAUCGUUCCCCAUGGGCUUCCAUGUGGCCCCAAUGUCUCAGACUAUGCCAACCCCAUACAAUGUAAGAGAUCAUUUCUGGAAGUACGCAAAACAGUUUGAUAAUAAAUUCAAGAAAAAUCUAGAGAAUAAAUUUGUAUUUGAAGAAAUGAUGUUGAACAGAAUGAUAAAUCAAGAUAACACAUCCCAUGACAAGUUCUCUACAAAUUCACACCCUAUAAAAUAUGACUAUAUGUUUUCAAAUAUAUAUUCGCCUAAAUAUCCAAUUUUGGGAGUAGGUAAAAAUGUUCAACUUACCGAAAUGAGAAAUAUUAUUCCCAUUGACACUGCGCAUGUGGGUCACUUAUGUGGAGUGGCCAGUAUUCGGGACAAGGUUCGAUACGAGCACUAUUAUUCAACACGCGCCAUGACCAGAGAAAUAGCACAAAGGAAAUUUGAAAAUGUUGUAUCAAUUUUUAGUGAAAUGGCUCAGUAAUAUCUUCACUUCAAAGUUAGAUGAAAGGUAACUGUGUUUACCGAACUGAUAAAUUGCUUACAACCCUUCAAGAACAUCGAAUGAUUCAAGGAACGAACAGAGGUGAAGUAAUUAUCUAGAGAAUGCAUCAAGCCAUCUACAUAGCACCAUAAGCGUCGCUGAAGGUUCUGGACGCUGGACGCACUGAGUACCUCUAAUUGAGAAAAAAACACUAAGGCAAGUGCUGUCAAAGGUAUAUCAAAUUUAUUGAUACAUGAAUUCGUAAUAUCUCCUGGAAAUAUCCUCUUUUGGAGACGAAUUCUUCGAAUUCAUCUCCAGGAUCAAAGGAUCAGCUCCUGAAGAUGUAAACAAAGUGGUGAGAACCGUGACAUCAGAUAUUAGAGUUCAUGGACAUUGGCAUAAAAACUACGCAUAUUCCAUUGAAAAAUAAACAGUCAAAACCAAAUAAAACGC